AAAUCAUGGAAAAGAAUUCCAUAAAACAAAGGUGUGUGUGUAAAUCUGACGUCACAUUCCACAUCCUGCCUCUUCCCAGAAGCGGGAGGAGGCGUUUGGUCUGACAGGUUGGCCGCGUUCCCUUUGGGUUUGCGGAGGUUCUUUCCACGCCCCCUCCUCCUUGCUCCCCUCCCCCGGCUUUAUCCCUGUGCAGCGGGGUACCGGGCUGCUCAGAGCGCCCCCCCCCCCCCCCAGGCUCCCAGGCACAGCCCCCAGGGGCACGCCUCGGCGUUUUCUCCCGGGCCAGACCUUUUUCGGGCUACGCCACUCGCCCCGGGGCCACGCGAACUCCUCGGCGUCCCUACUUCGGAAGAGAGACGGACGCUCGGGCUUCAUCUUCCCAGCGGUCUCGCACAGGUUUUUACCUGUCUGAGUCUCAGGCUCUUGGGGGAGAGGCAAGAUGACACCUGCGGCCCCCUUCCCAUUUCCCCUCCCCCAUCCUGGGCCGAGCUUCGAGGGGAUGCAGGUGGGAUCUGCGCCUACAUUUCCCAGACCGCACAGGGCCGUGCGGCCUCGAGCUAGCCUCAUUUCCCAGAAUCCCUUUCGAGUCUGACCUGCUGUCUCCGGUGAGGCUGGAAAGCUGCCGGAAGAAAUCCGGGACUCAUCCUUCAGAGAGCAUCUCUCUGCGCAGUCGUUUCCGCCUGCACCCACGGUUUACAUCUCUGCGCCAUCCUGGGCCUGAGGUCGGGCUCUUGAGAUGCAGUUUCUACUCUAAGCAGGUUGUGCAGAGACUCAGAAGGAAUGGCCACCUUGUCCCUGACAGCCAAGUGCCAGGAAUCAAUAACAUUCAAGGAUGUAGCUGUGAAAUUCACCCAAGAGGAGUGGAGGCAACUGAACCCUGCUCAGAGGAACCUGUACAAGGAUGUGAUGCUGGAGAACUAUAGAAACCUCAUCUCAUUGGGAUUUUCCAUUUCUAAACCUGAUGUGAUCUUCAAAUUGGAACAAGGGAAAGACCCAUGGGUAUUUAAAAAAAAGAGAUCUAAAGGAGAAGACAUACUAAAAAAUGCCUUAGAUCAGGAGAGUAAGCCUAAAACCAAAGUGUCACCUCCAAAGAAGAAUAUUUCUGAAAAAGAAUCCUUGGGAACAUUGAGAGAAAGACUCAGGGAAGGUCUUCUACAUCCUGCAGUUGCAAGAGUUUCUAUACCUGAGGGCCAGUUGGAGAGGCAGAAGAAAAUUUUUAAAGAGGAGAGUCGGAAUAAAUUCCUUUUCCACAAUUUCAAACAAUUAUCAGUCAGCAUUCCAGAAAAUUCUACUAAGGAGAGAAGUCAUGAAUGUAAAGAAUGUGGGAAAAAAUUCUUUAACUAUCUAUCUCUUAUUCAACAUCAAAGGACUCAUAAUAAAGAGAAGCACUAUAAAUGUAAUGAAUAUGGAAAAGCCUUCUCUAAAUGUUCAUCCCUAAUUGAACAUGAAAGAAUUCAUACUGGAGAGAAGCCCUAUGAAUGUGAUGAAUGUGGGAAGGCCUUUAGACAAAAAGGCACCCUUAUUCUACAUCAGCUAACACAUACUGGAGAGAAGCCUUAUGAAUGUAAAGAAUGUCAGAAAUCUUUUAGUUUUAGAAGUAGCUUUUUGAGACACCAGGUAACUCACACAGGAGAAAGUCCUUAUAAGUGCAUUGAAUGUGGAAAAGCCUUCAUUAAUUUCUCAUCUCUUAGUCGCCAUCAGAGAAUUCAUAGUGAAAAGAAUUCUUAUGAGUGUAAUGAAUGUAAGAAAGUCUUCUUUGACCACUCAUCCAUUAUUCAACAUCAGAGAUCUCACAAAGGAGAGAAACAUUAUGAAUGUAAUGAAUGUGGAAAAAUCUUUUCUACACAUUCAUCCCUUACUGAACAUGAGAGAAUUCAUACUGGAGAAAAACCCUAUGAAUGUGAUGAAUGUGGUAAAGCCUUUGUUAAUUGCUCAUCCCUCAGUCGGCAUCAGAGAAUUCAUACCGGGGAAAGUCCCUAUAAAUGUAAUGAAUGUGGGAAAGCUUUCAGACAGAAAGGAACACUUAAUUUGCAUCUUCUAACACAUACUGGAGAGAAGCCCUAUGAAUGUAAUGAAUGUGGGAAAACUUUCAGCCAUCGAAGUAGUUUUUUGAGACAUCAAAUUACUCACACAGGAGAAAGUUCCUACAAAUGUGGGGAGUGUGGGAAAGCCUUCAUUAACUGCUCAUCUCUUCGUCGACAUCAAAGAAUUCAUACUGGCGAGAGUCCUUAUGAAUGCAAAGAAUGUGGAAAAGCCUUUCGACAGAAAGGUACAUUUACUUUACAUCAGCUAACACAUACUAGAAAAAAGCCCUAUGAAUGUAAUCAUUGUAGAAAAGUCUUCUUGAAACAUUCAACCCUUAUUCAACAUCAGAAAAUUCAUACUAGAGAGAAUCAUUAUGAAUGUAAUGAAUGUAGCAAAACCUUCUUUGACCACUCAGUUCUUAAACAACAUCAGAAGAUACAUCAUGGAGAAAAGUCUUGUGAAUAUGUUGCACGUAGGGAUUUUUCAUCCCUUAUUCAAUAUCAGGAAACUCAUAAGAGCAAGAAUCAUGAAUAUGAUGAAUGUGGAAAAGCUCACUCUAAGCAUUCAUCCUUUAAUGAACUUGAGAAGAUUCAAAUAGGAAAGAAGCCCUAUGAAUGUGGCAAAUGUGGGAAAACCUUCAACUCCAAAAGUAGCUUUAUGAUACAUCAAAUGUUACACAGAGGAGAAAGUCCCUAUACAUGUAAUGAAUGUGGGAAAACCUUUUUUUACCGAAAAUCUAUUAAUCGACAUCGGAGAAUUCAUACUAAACUGAGGCCAUAUGAAUGUGAUAAAUGUGGAAAAGCCUUCCUUGAUCGCUCAACUCUUACUCAACAUCAGAGGACUCAUACUGGAGAGAAGCCCUACAAGUGUAAUAAAUGUGGGAAAGCUUUCAGCCAUAGAAGUAGCUUUUGGAGACAUCAGCUAAGUCAUACAGGAGAAAGUCCCCAUGAAUGCAAUGAAUGUGGAAAAACCUUCUUUGACCGCUCAUCUCUUACUCGACAUCAGAGAAUUCAUAGUGGAGAGAAGCCCUAUAAAUGUAAUAACUGUGGAAAAGCCUUCCUUAAACAUUCAUCCCUUACUGCACAUGAGAGAAUUCAUACUGGUGAGAAGCCCUACAAAUGUGACAAAUGUGGUAAAGCCUUCUUUAUGGCCUCUUCUCUUACUCGACAUCAAAGAACUCAUACAAAUUAGUCCCUAUGAAUAUAAUGUAGUAAAUCCUCUAACCGUUCUAUGUUAUACAUAAGAUAAUUCACAUUAGUGAGAAGUUGGUAUGGAUAAAUGUUCAGUAGCAUGUCAUCUGUUGGAUAGCAUUAUUGAUGUUAUGCCAGAGAGUAGGUCUAGAGAUAAAAUUAAACAAGAGAAAUUUGAGUCAUACUUUUAACAUGACGCUUUAAAACUUCAGAUUGAGAGGUAAGACAAGACAUCCCAAAAUACUUUAAACUGUUUACUUUUUUAUUUUAUUCAAUUUGUAACCAGCAAUUUUGGGGUAACUGAUUUUUAGGUACCUCAAAUAAAAAGUGUAUCUUUGAAAAUCUAUUUUUCCCAGAGCUGGCCCCAGUCUUUGUUGGGCUUCAGCCCUUGAAGUUCACAAAUACUUGAAGGAAGAACUUUCAGGAAAAUGGGGGAGAGGUUGUAAAACAGAAUAUUUUCUCAACCUGUGCCUCAACGACAGCAUCACAGACACCAAAAAGAGAAACAGGACUGCCAGGAAGUACUCAUAAGAUGGAAUGUAAUGAAAUUAACAACAAAAUUUCCAAUGUAAUAAAUACUAUUUAUUUUUUAUGGAUUAGUAUUGUUCUAGUCCAAUUUUCCCCUGAUGAUACAUUUCCUGAAUAAUUUAUUUAUGCCACUUCUCUUGCAUAGAAAUAUAUUGCUGCCCAACUGUUACCAGCUCUCUAAAGAAACUGAGGCCAAAAAAGGUAGGAAAAAAUUAUGGUGCAAAAGCACCCACAAAGCACAGCUGAAGUUAUUACAAGAUAUUUUAUUAAGCACUCUGAAGACAAUAAAAGAUG